UUAAAUGUCUUGAGAACCUGCUCUGCAGGGUAACACGUAUGUGUAAUCUUAGGGGACACCUCUAAUAUCUGUGUUGGAAUAUUGACCGGAAGUACAACUAUUUAUCUUCCGGGUGAGUAACCGCCUCGAAAGGCUUCAUGCUAGCAGCACAUGAAGCUAGUCCGGAUGUCUCUCUGAGUGAGGAGCUGACUCCAAGCCCCACUGGUGCGGGAAGCUGAAGCUUUUGGACAUUUCCUCUACGACCACCGGUCCUUGUUCUACGGUACUACAGAAGAAGAACCCCGUCCUGCUGAUGGUCAACGAGCCAUGGAGGGUCCGUUCCUUCGUUCACCUGCCACCCAAGACGGGCUGGCGGCCAGGAGAGUCUCCAGCGGAGAGACCGAGUCCGACCGGAACGUAAAGACCCAGUUUCGCGUGUGUCGCUUCAUGAUGGAGACAGGGGUUAAGCUGGGCAUGCGCUCGGUGCCCGUCGCUACCGCCUGCGUGUUGUACCACCGCUUUUUCGAACGGGUCAGCGCGCAUGCGUAUGAGCCCUACCUGGUGGCCAUGAGCUGUGUGUACCUGGCUGGCAAAGUGGAGGAGCAGCACACCAGGACCCGUGACAUCAUCAACGUCAGCCACAGGUACUUCAACAGUGACAGUGCUCCUCUAGACUGUGACAAGGAGUUCUGGGACUUGAGGGACAGCGUGGUGCAGUGCGAGCUCCUCAUCCUCCGACAGCUCAACUUCCAAGUCUCCUUCGAACACCCUCACAAGUAUUUACUCCACUACCUGUUGUCCGUGAAGUCACUCGUAAACCGCCACGCUUGGUCCCGAACACCCGUUGCCGAGACUUCCUGGGCGUUGCUCAGAGACUGUUACCAUGGCGCCAUGUGCAUCCGCCACUUACCACAACACAUUGCCAUAGCAACGUUGCACCUGGCUCUAAACAGCUACGGCGUGGAGCUACCUGUCGGGGAGAAGGAGUGGUGGCAGGUGCUGUGCAUGGACGUGACCAAAGCACACAUCGACGCUGUUGUCUCUGACCUUCUUCAACUCUAUGACAUGGAGGCCAAGUGUAUCUGAGGGACACGCUGACACGUGUGGGAGUUGUUCUAUUGUGUGCAGAGCAGAAUGAGUAGAUGUGCCUGCAUGUCGGGGUUUAGUUGUACUCGUGUGUGUGUGUGUGUGUGUGUGUGUGUUUGUGUGAGAGAGAGGAACACUCUGUAUUGCCCUAGUUAGUCUGUGAGCUGUGACAACAAGCACUACUGCUUCCUGCCACCAGGGGAGACAUUUCAUUCUGCUCCCUGAUCAGCUCUGCAGCAUACUGACUUGCUCUGUGGUAUCUCAUCAGCACAAGGUUUGUCAAAUACACCCGGCAUCAGAAAUCUCUUCACACUCCUCACAUAUCUUCUUUUUUUUCUACCAUUUUGACUGUAUGGAUUUGAUUGGAAAGAUAUCCGAAGAUAUUAUUAUUUAGAUCUGUGAAAAUGCAUGGAAAUCAUGAGUGGCAUUUGAUUAAUACUAGACCGGUUGAUCUCAAACCCACAGGUGGGUCGCCAAAUAGAUGAGCAGAAUGUCUUCCAUUGUCUUUCAUUAUGUUUCUAUCUGCAGUACACCUUUAAGCCACAUGAGGGAGCCACAUGUUCUUAUAGUUCUGCUAACUGUCAUCUACUUUUAACAUGGAAUAUAAAAGACUAAAGUACAUUCUGUUUGUUGAACUGAUGAGUCUGUUAUUUCGUCUCAUUUAUAAAGUAUUAAACAUGUAUAUUUUUUCAGUAACGCAUGCAUAAAGCAAAGGAAGGAAUUUCCUUCAAGGAAUAUUCAUUCAUGCACAAAUACAGACCUUGGCAUUGCAUAUGAUAUAAACAAAGAUUCACAUGUGAAUGCAAUAAAUUGCGCAAUGAGCUCACCAACUAAGUGUUGUCAUGGUGAUUAUAGCGGGAUAUCUGGUGCGUCUCGGUUUAUGAACUCUUGUACAGUUUGUAAUUUAAUGCAGAUGAAGAAAAUGUGGCCACAUGAUCUCUGCUGCUACCCCUUAGUUUUCAUUUGGUCUGUGUUUCGUUCAAAAUAAACUCUACAGACUUUGCCCCAGUGUUAUUCUGUAUUUUCGUCUUGUCAAUAAAUGCCAUUUAAGCCAAA